AUGGUAAACGCAUCCACUCAAACCUUCGUCGCUGAGCCGCUGGCCGUGGUCGGUCUGGCCUGUCGACUGCCCGGAAACAGCAGCUCCCCGACGGCGUUAUGGCGAUUUCUCGAGCGAGGAGGAAUUGCCAGUAACGAUCCGCCCGCGAGCCGAUUCAACCUCAAGGGCCACGAGGAUGGGUCGAAGAGGCCCAAGACGAUGCGCUCUCCCGGGGGCAUGUUUCUCGAAUACGUCGACCCGGCCGAUAUCGACGCUCAGUUUUUCGGACUCUCGCGUGCCGAAGCCAUCGCGAUGGAUCCGCAGCAGCGCCAGUUGCUGGAGGUCGUAUACGAAGGACUGGAGAACGCGGGAAUCCCCGUGGAGCUGCUACGCGGGCAGCCGGUAGGUUGCUUCGUAGGCUCCUAUGCUUCGGAUUACGGCGAUAUUCAGGCCCGCAAUCCAGAGGACAGAGCGCCAAACACCACCGUGGGGAUUGGGCGUGCGAUGCUCAGUAACCGCAUCAGCCACUUCCUGGACGUGAAAGGUCCCAGUAUGACCAUUGAUACAGCGUGCUCGGGGAGCCUGGUCAGCUUGGAUGUUGCCUCUCGAUAUCUUCAGACGGGUGAGAUCCACACGGCCAUUGUGGCCGGCUGUAAUCUCUACCUAAGCCCCGAGCACUGCAUCGAUUUAAGCGGCAUGAAUGGCGCCGCCUCGCCUUCGGGCCUCUGCCAUACGUUUGAUGCCAAGGCCGACGGAUAUAUCAAGUCCGAGGCCGUCAAUAUGGUAAUCGUUCGGCGUCUCUCGGACGCCUUGAGGGACCGAAGCCCCAUUCGCGCCGUCAUUCGAGGGUCGGCGUCCAACAGCGACGGAUGGACGGCUGGGAUCGCCAGUCCCAGUUCGGAGGCUCAGGCGGCAGCAACCAGGCAGGCGUACAAGAAUGCGGGCAUCUCCGACGUCAACCUCACUUCGUAUCUCGAGUGCCACGGUACAGGCACCCGAGCCGGUGAUCCGAUCGAGGUGAACGGUGUGGCGUCUGUUUUCUGUGUCGACCGGCCGAAAGAGAGGCCUUUGGUGGUUGGAUCGGUGCGUGCUCUGGAGGCUGAUAUGUUCAGUUCCCUGGUGCCAUUGGAGAUCGAUUUCGAUGCUCUCAAAAUCCAAGUAAAAAAGCAAGCUAUAGCAUGGCCCGACGUUCCCUUUCGCCGGGCGAGCGUGAAUUCAUUCGGCUACGGCGGUUCCAACGUCCAUGUCAUCCUCGACGAAGCGAAGACCGCCAUCACUCCGGCCGAAAUGCAUUUCAAGACGUCCUACAUGGAUGCAGAAGACGAUCCGUUCGCCGAAGAGCAGUUGGAAAGCCCCCACCUGCUUGUCUUUUCCGCCAACGACCCCGACUCGCUGCGGAGGUACUGCCAGUCUCUCACCACGCAUCUUAUCAACCCAAGCGUCCGUAUUGCUCUGCCUGAUCUCUCGCACACGCUGUCCGAGCGACGGAGUCACCAUUUCCACCGCGCCUAUCUCGUAUCGCGUGCUUCCCGUCUUGACACCCGCGACCUUGUGCUCGGCCAGCUUCGUCCCUCGCCGCCGCGCAUCGGCUUUGUCUUCACUGGCCAGGGCGCUCAGUGGCCGCAGAUGGGCCGCUCGCUGCUUGACGCCUUCCCGUCCUUGCAGAUGCUGCUCCGGCGCCUGGAUGAUGCGCUACAGAGCUUGCCGGACGGUCCCAGUUGGACACUCCUUGAGGAAUUAACGGCUCCAAGAUCAGCCGAGCAUCUGCGCCAGCCCGAAUUCUCCCAGCCAUUGGUUACGGCACUGCAGCUGUUGAUCCUUGAGGUGCUGCGUGCAUGGGGUGUGCAGCCAUUCAGCGUCGCGGGACAUUCCUCCGGUGAGAUUACAGCGGCCGUGGCUGCGGGCUACCUCAGUGAGGAAGAGGGCAUCAAAGUCGCUUACUACCGCGGCAAGGCCGCCUUGACUUGUCAGGAUAUGAGCGGUCCUCGCGUCGGCAUGCUGGCCGUUGGUCUUGCCCAUGACCAUCCGGUUCUGCAGCGUUUGUUGAAUGAAUAUCCGGGUUCACUGACCAUCGCGUGCUUUAAUUCCCCGGAGAGUGUGACAUUGUCGGGACACGUCUGGGCCCUGGAGCAGGUAGAAGCUGCUCUCAAGCAGGACGGGCACUUUGCGCGCCUACUGCAUGUGGACCUGGCUUACCAUUCUACAUUCAUGACGGACAUUGCUGCGCACUACCAGGACCUUUUGACACACUCUGUUUCUUUCACAGCGUCAAAGUCGGGGAGUGUCCCGGUGAAAAUGUUCUCGUCCGUAACUGGAAUCGAGCAGAAAACGCUCUGUGACGCCGAGUACUGGAAGCACAACAUGGAGUCACCAGUGCUAUUCGAUCAGGCCAUGAAGACCAUGCUGACGGCGGAUAUCUCGGUCGACUAUCUCAUUGAGAUCGGCCCGCAUGGCGCUCUCGCAGGCCCGAUCAACCAGAUCAAGAAACCUCUGGCAGGGACAGGACCCGCUGUGGAGUACCACGCCGCGUACAAACGGGGCUUGAACGCUGUCGGCGCAAUGUUCGAUGUUGCUGGACAGCUUUUCCUCAGUGGAGGACAGAUUAACGUCGAGCAAGUCAAUGCUUUUUCUCGCGGGAUAGAAAGAGAGUACCAGCAAACACCGCCCUCCGUGAUUAUCGAUCUGCCUAAUUACGCCUGGAACCAUUCCACUAAAUACUGGUAUGAGAGCCAAGCAAGCAAGGACUGGCGCUUUCGUCAAUACCAGCAUCAUGACCUCCUAGGAGCUAAGGUGCUAGGAACCUCGUGGUUGGCGCCGACAUGGAAAAAGAUCUUGCGCCUACCGGAGGUAACAUGGCUGGAGGAUCAUCAGAUCGGCGGAACCGUUCUUUUCCCUGCAGCCGGGUACAUUGCCAUGGCGAUCGAGGCAAUGUAUCAGACGGGUCAAUCCCGGGGGCUCGUGGAUUCCGCCUUGAAGGUAUUUGAAGUCGCCUACCGGCUGCGGAACGUACGGUUCCAUCAGGCAAUGGUCCUCGAUGGCAGUGACCAGCAUAUCUCCUUCAGUAUGAGCCCGGAGCAUGGUGGCGCUGGCGCUUGGAAUAGAUUCUCCAUUACAACAGUCCGAAAUGGUGAGGCAUCGACAGAGCAUUGCUCGGGCCUGAUCUGUCUGGGGGAAGAAAAUACCGAAUGUAAGCUGGCAAUCCCAACUAUCAGCUUCUUGCUCAUUUCCACUAACUCCCACCCUUUUUCUCAUGUAGCUGCACCAUUUGAUGCCUUGGCCCCACUGCAGUAUCCCUGCCCAGCCCAGAAAUGGUACAAGGCCAUGCAGGACGUCGGGUAUAGCUUUGGGCCGCGCUUCCAGCCCCAGAUCGAGAUCGAGGCUGCGGCUGGCACUCGGAGCAGCCGGGCUCUUUUGUCCUUCGCUGAGCCGUCUUCGUCCUUCCCGCAGUCGCGGUAUUCGGUGCACCCGGCAGCUUUGGACGGAUGUCUUCAAUCCGGAGCCCCCUCGCUCUGGAAAGGCAUCCAAAGCGCCGUCGACAGGGCUCUCGUGCCAGCGGUGAUUGACAAUCUGGUCAUCAAUGCUCGAGAGGUCUCUGUCGACAGAGGAAUGGCCGUUACCUCUGCUCGAUAUGCUGGCACAGGGAGUCCCGAAGAACCCCAGAACUACAAAUCAUAUGUUACCGUGUACGACACGUCCACCAAGAGAUGCCUCGUGCAGAUCUUAGGCCUCGGAUAUCACACACUGGCCGCGGAGGAGGCCAGUUCCCCUCUCACAUACAUGCAGCUGGCUUGGAAGCCGGAUAUAGCGAUGCUGUCGUCAAACCAGCUCCAGGCGCUUCUACAACAAGAACAAGGGGAAUCGGACGAAGCCGCAGAUUCCCGUGGAAGGCUUCUCCACAGCAUGCUCACCCAUAAAAAGCCUUCCCUGAGAGUCGUUGAGUUCAGUGUGCUGUCUGAUACCGCUAGCCUCUGGUGGGACUCGGUGGACGGAGGCAACAGUCCCUCGCGCGUCGGAACAACAAGCAUUGAGUACCAUUUGGGUGUCCGCGAUACAUCGACCUUAGUUGGUACGCAGGAGAAGUACAGAAGCUUUUCCCAAACCAAAGUCCACAUACUGGACAUUACCCAGGCCGGUGCGAACGCGUCUAGCGUAGCAAAAAACGCCGACUUGGUUAUCCUCCGCAUGGAUGGAAUUUCAGACCAGGAGUCGGCACGAGCAGUUAAGAACAGCAAGACCGUCCUACGCGACGGCGGUUGUAUCUUAUUUGUCGGGGCCUGUUCGUUGGAGCAGAACAAGGACUCGUCUGGCUCCUCGAGUACUAACGCCUCGGAAGCAGACUUCACCCUCAUUGCGGACGACUACUCCUAUGUCCCCGCUUUGCUUUGCGCUCACGGGUUCGAAUCACCCGUCUCCAUACCUUGGGGCCCCCGUUCCCCCGAUACUUUCACGGUGGGAUGGUUCGCACGCCCCUCACCAUCCGCCACAGGAGUCGCGGAUGCCCCCCUGGGGACGGUAAGCCUCGUACGUCUCUCUGAAGAUGUUCACCACGUCGCUUGGGUGCGCGAGGCGCUCACAGCCCUGGGUGUCCGCUUGACAGACGUAGAUCCACAAAGCCAACAGAUUCAGAACGGCUCAACGGUGCUGAUUAUAGACGAGAUGUAUUCUCCGGUUCUAACCAGGGUGAAAGAAGCGCAGUGGGAGACCAUCCGCCACAUCCUCUCGUCCGAUUGUCGCGUUCUAUGGGUGACAGCAGGUGCUCAGCUUCAAGUGUCCAAUCCUCACCAUGCCCUGAUCCAUGGGAUGGCCAGGGUCGUUCGGGCCGAGGAUCCCAGCGCGAAACUGGUGACUUUGGACGUGGAAUCGGCAAUGAGCGCGGAGUCGCACAUGACUAUCGCACGCGUGCUCACUGCCAUGCAGUCUCCCGGGUCCAGUUUCACGGACGUCGCAGAGAAUGAGUAUGUCGAAAGAUCCGGUCUUCUUCAAGUCAGUAGAGUCCAGCCAGAUUCGUCUCUUUUGGAGUUUGUCAAGGGACAGGACAGUGGAGACACCGCUGAGGAGCAAAAUAUACAUACCCAUCCUUCCUGUGUCCGUUUAAUGUGCCGCCAGCCUGGAAUGUUAGACUCCCUCCGGUUUGUUGAGGUGGCCCCCGGAGACAUGCCACUACCGGACGACUUCGCGGAAGUGGAUAUGCAUGCCGCGGGCUUAAACUACAAAGACGUCGCGACCUGCCUCGGCAUCGUGCCUGAAAACCAGUAUUUGCUGGGUCUGGAGGGAGCCGGGGUUGUUCGCAGGGUGGGUGCCCAGGCAUCUGCAUCCUUCCACAUCGGCCAGCGAGUCCUGGUAUACCGUCGGGGGAGUUUUGGGAACAAAGUACAGUGUCCUGUCGAGGGCUUGCAUGCGAUACCGGACUGGAUGUCGUUCGAAGAGGCGGCCACUCUCCCCGUCGUAUAUUUGGCCGUCAUCUACGGCCUUUUUGACCUCGCGAACAUCCAGCGUGGCCAGUCUGUUCUGAUCCACUCCGCUGCCGGCGGCGUUGGUAUUGCAGCCAUUCAAAUAUGUCGGUACGUGGGCGCAGAUAUUUACGCGACAGUUGGCAACGAGGAGAAGCGCCAAUUCCUGACGGAAACAUUCAACCUGCCUCCGGACAGGAUUUUCUCGUCCCGCAACACCCGGUUUGCUGCUGAGAUUCUGCAAAGGACGGCUGGUAAGGGCGUUGAUAUCGUUUUGAACUCCCUCACCGGUCCACUGCUCGAUGAAUCGUGGCGGAUUAUCGCCGACUGCGGCAUCAUGGUCGAGCUGGGCAAGAAGGAUAUCUUAGAUCGCAACUCCCUCUCCAUGGAGCCAUUCAACCGCAAUGCCUCCUACCGCGCGAUCGACAUGUCCCACAAUAGUAUAACACGGGCUACUGUGGCACGACUGAUGCGUCAGAUAUUUGACCUGAUCGACGGCGGACACAUCCGACCGAUAAAGCCGCGGAAGGUUUUCCCUUAUGCUGGUAUCGCCGACGCCAUUCGAUACAUGCGUGGUGGGACGCACAUUGGUAAGAUCGUCGUCUCCAGGGAGGCUUCUCCGGAGACGGCCAAGAUGGAGAUCCAACCAGCACCCAGAAAGCUCCGUCUCCGGUCCGACAAAUCGUACCUGAUUGUUGGAGGCUUAAGGGGAGUUUGCGGGAGCCUGGCUCUUUAUAUGGCUCGUCACGGAGCUCAACACCUUGUCGUAAUGUCUCGCAGUGGGUAUGCUGAUGAUACGUCCCAACGGAUUUUGAGAGAUCUUGCCUCCUUGGGCGCUCGAUGUGAACUCGUGCAAGGCGAUGUCUCCGAGAAAGAAGACGUCCGACGCGCUUUUCGACAAUCACCACUGCCUGUGGGAGGCAUAAUCCAAGGUGCAAUGGUGCUCAGGGAUGGAAUCUACACAUCGAUGACCGUCACGCAAUACCACGAAGCCCUGCGCUGCAAAGUCCAGGGCACAUGGAAUCUCCACAAAGUCUCGAUCUCGGAGCAGGCCGCAUCUCUGGAAUUCUUCACCAUGCUUUCCAGUCUUUCGGGCCUUGUCGGUCAAAAAGGCCAGGCCAAUUACGCCGCUGGAAACGCCUUCCUCGACUCCCUAGCCACGUACCGUCACGGUCUCGGCCUGCCCGCCUGCUCCGUCGACCUGGGCGUAAUUGAAGACGUGGGAUACAUCAGCGAGCGGCAGUCCAUCGCCAACCGUCUCGACAUCAACAUCUGGACCCCCAUCAACGAGUCUCUGCUGCAUGAGAUCCUCCGCCUCUCCAUCUUCCAACAGGACUCCCUGUCGCCCCUAAAUCCGUCCAGCGCCGCCCACAUGGUCACGGGCAUUCCCUGCCCCCAACCCCCCGAUGCCACACUGCUGCAGGACGUUCGGUUUGCCGGUCUCGCCGCCGCCGACGACGGCUCGGUCGGUGAAAUGGCGCAAGACGCCUCGCAGGAGACGCGGGCGCUGCUUGAUCUCGUGCGCAGCGAUCCGACCGCCCAGCUCGAGACACACCUUAAUGCCGCCGUGGCGGUCGUGAAUCGCCACUUCAUGCGCACCCUGGGGCUGUCGGAGCCCAUGGAGCCGGCGAAGCCGCUGGCCGUGUAUGGCCUGGACUCGCUGGCCGCAGUGGAGUUCCGGAACUGGGCACGCCAGGAACUCCAGAUCGAUAUUACAACGUUAGAGGUGGUGGGCACGAAGACCUUGAGGGCGCUUUGCGAGAAGCUGGUGAGCAAAAUGGGGCAGGAGAGAGCGUCUUCCACAGCUUAG